AUGAUCGUCGUGUCGUUGACUGCUUUCAAGGAGACAUAUGCACCGGUUAUUUUAGCUCGACGCGCUGCACGGCUGCGCAGGACUACUGGAGACACUCGAUACUAUACCGAGCAUGAGCGCAUGGUUGCCGAUAGGUCCGUUCUCUCUGCCCUGGGCAGCGCGCUCACUCGCCCGCUCCGACUACUUCUCUUUCAUCCGAUUAUCAUCAUUGCCAGUGUCAAUCUGGCCUUCGACUAUGGUAUCCUUUACAUCGUCUUGACUAGCCUCGCCGAACUUUGGACUAACUAUUACCAAAUUUCUGUCGAGAUGAGUGGACUGCACUAUCUUGCGGUUGCACUUGGCACAUUGGCGGGCGCCCAAAUUGGAGCACCUAUGAUCGAUCGAUUCUAUCUUUAG